AUGAAGAAUCCCAAAUCUAUGAGCGAUUUAUACAAUGUGAUUGAUGUACUUGGCAAAGGUUCCUUCGGUGAAGUUGUUAAAUGCCAGAAAAGGGAUUCUGGCAAGCAGGUGGCUAUAAAAAUCCUAAAGUAUGAUUGCUCCAGCAAUUAUGCCAUUGAACAUGAGAUUGAGAUGCUGAAUGCUUUAAGGAAAGUGGAUGUAGAAAAGUUUAAUAUCCUGCAAUUCUACGAACAUUUUCAUGAUGACAGCAAACAUUAUAUGGUUUUCGAGUUACUGCAAAAAAAUCUAUUUCAGUACCAGGAGGAGAUUGGAUUUGCUCCACUUCCAGUGAGGCACAUAAGGACUAUCUCCUCUCAGGUAUUAAUAGCUCUGUCCAAGUUAAGUGAGCUUUCUAUUAUUCAUGCAGACUUGAAGCCAGAAAAUAUUGUGCUGGUUGACCAGGACAGAUACCCGUUUAGAGUUAAAGUUAUUGAUUUUGGCUGUUCUUAUAACUCUAAUGAGGUGAGGGGCAUGAAGGAGCCAUGUAUCCAAACUCUCUUUUACAGAGCCCCUGAGAUCCUUCUAGGAUUACCUUUCAGUGAAAAGGUGGACAUGUGGUCUCUUGGCUGCAUUAUGGCUGAGCUUCAUCUUGGGGCUCCUCUUUACCCAGGACGUACUGAAUACGACCAAGUACGCUACAUCUGUGAGACCCAAGGUUUACCAAAAAGCCAUUUGCUUGACACAGCCAGUAAGGCACCCCGUUUCUUCAAUAGAAAAGCAGGAUUCAAAUGGGCGCUUAAAACUGUGGAUGAGUACCAAAUGGAGACCAGGGUGAAGAUAGCAGAAUGGAGGAAAUAUAUCUUCAAAUCCUUGGAUCAUCUUCAAUUCAUAAAGUAUGCCAGCUUUGUUAAUGGAAACACAGAAAUGCUGGCUAACUAUAGCGAACAAAAAGAUAUGGUGGAAAUCAUCAAGUGCAUGCUGACGUGGGAUUCCCAUGAAAGAAUCAAUCCAGAAGCAGCCAUGAACCAUCAAUUUAUCAGCCGACAGCAUCUAAGAACAAACUAUACAUUCACCAAACACUACCAGUUUGUUCCGGAAAGCUUAAGUGACUCUAUGAAGAAAGAGACGGGCCAGCAUUUUGAUGCACCACCUGACAUUUGUGAUGGCACUAAUGAUCUUGCCUAUUAUGACAGGGAGAUGGAGCUGGACAGAAACCCCCCAUUCAAUUCCCAAAAUGAAAAUACAACCAGCUAUGGACACCACAAAGCUUCACUCCUCCAGAAUAUCUCACAAUUCAUUGGUCAGUUUGUUAAUUGUAUAAAAUGUAUAUUCAAUUGGAGGAAAGCUCUGCCUGAAAGACAGAGAGAUGAUGAGUGGAGCCUGAUCGAUGAAGUCGAUAACGUGUGA